AUAACAUAACCUAAAUUAGCGAGCGGGUGUUAAUUUAAUUUAUUUAUACGAGUUUCCAGUUCACUUUCACUAUUUUAGGGUGUGGGCUAAAAGUUCUAUAACUUAACCCGUGAUAAGAUACAUAUCUGUCAAUUAUUGUCAUUGUCAAUGUUUUGUAGGCUUUCUUAAAAAAAUAAUAUUAGGUUAAAUAUUUAUUGCAAAAUGGCUGUAAGAGCAGCAGGAUUUGUAAUUUUUCGCAGAAACCCAGAUAUAGAAUAUUUACUAAUGCAAACUUCUUAUGGGAAACAUCAUUGGACUCCACCGAAAGGACAUGUAGACCCAGGAGAGACAGACUUUACGACUGCACUAAGAGAAACAGAAGAGGAAGCUGGCUUAUCAGAAAAGGAUUUAAAAGUAUUUAAACAAUUUGAAAGAACUUUGAAUUACAAUGUGAACAAUAAACCAAAAAUUGUCAUCUAUUGGCUGGCUGAGCUUGUUGACAAAGACAAAGAAAUUAAAAUGUCAAAGGAGCAUCAAGACUUCAAGUGGCUGCCUCUGGAAAAAGCUUGCGAGUUGUCUGGUUUCAAGGACUUUGCCGAUCUUCUGAAAGAAUGUCAGGAGUUCAUUUGUAAAAGCCUGUGAUUUAUUAGUAAUAAUUUUUUCCAUACCCUUAAACGUUAAAUAAACUUAUUCUUAUAUACCCAU